AAAAUUAAUUAACAAACGGAGACGUAACAUAUGCAAACAGUAAUAUUAUCGUUUUUUUAUCUCGGUGUUCUGAAUGAUUUAAUUUUCUAAAAACAAGCAUAGGUUUGAAGUGCACGUGAAUGACGGCUUCGGAGAGCAAAAAGCCAGAGUAUUUGAUAUCUCACUGACAGUAACCUCGGUGUGACUUAAUGAAAACAAAUUAGAAGAAUGUUGUAUAAAACUGGCAUCAAGCUUGUAAGCAACUGAAUCAUUUCAGUUGUUAAUAACAUGGAUCUUUUAAGAACGGAUUUCAGAGAUUGUGCGUUGUUAUCAUUGGUAUUUAAGAUGUAAGUUACUAAGAGGGCGCUCCCGUAGAUUGAAGACAUUUGACGUUGAUAUUAACUAAUAUUAUUAUUUGUAAAUUGUAGUAAUUCAUAAAAAGAUAAAUUGAUUUUAUAAGCAGGGUUAAGUUUUAAAUUAGGAACUGGUGUAUUACAAACGUUAGGUUUAGCUUUGCGAAUGACAUUAGGCUACAAUUCGGUUGUGAAGUAGGAUCAUAGCCCACAUCUGUAUCCUUUAAGGAAGCAAGUUUCACUUACUUCCAGGAAAGUUAAAGUGAAUCCACUGUACCUUUAUUCUUUGUGUACUAGCAGGCAUGAGGUAUUUAUGGAAUUUGAAGAUUGUAAUAUUUCUUUCAUUCUUCAUUAUAAUGCUGUUUGUAAUGGCCUCUUACUUCUCGGAUACUGAGAAGGAACCUUCAAAAGUGAUUCUCCUUUGGACUAGCUUUUUUGGUGAAAAGGAUUACAUUUCCCCACUGAAGAACCUGCAUUGUGAGCGUCAAGACUGUGUGAUAACGUCCAAUAGAAACAUGCUUAAAAACUCUGAUGCCAUCAUAUUUCACUUACGAGACAUGAAUUUGGAAGACCUACCUGACUUUCGACUUUCAAACCAGCGGUGGGUUAUGCUGCACCACGAGUCCCCUCCCCACACACCAAAUACCCUCACUUCACUUGAAGGGUUUUUUAACUGGUCUGCCACUUAUAGAAGAGAUUCUGACAUAUUUCUGAGCCCUGUAGUCACGCCAUUGAAGAAAGCAGUUUUGAAACAACAAGACUUUCACAAGGAGAAAAGUCUGUUAGCAGUAUGGUUUGCAAGUAACUGUAUCACUCCAAGCAAUCGAGAAGUUUACGUCCGUGAGCUUCAGCAGGCUGUACCAGUUGAUGUUUAUGGCAGUUGCGGGGACAGAGAGUGCCUUCCUAAAAUGUCCACAAAGUGUUACAAAGAGGCUUCCCAAAAAUACUUUUUUUAUUUGGCUUUUGAGAAUUCAAUGUGUAAGGAUUACAUCACAGAAAAGUUCUUUAAUGUUUUAGAUACAGAUAUGGUUCCAGUGGUACUUGGUGGAGCAGAUUAUACACAGUUUGCCCCCCCAAAUUCUUUCAUCAAUGCACUAGACUUUUCUUCUCCCCAACAUCUAGGUAAGUAUCUUCAGAAUGUGGCAAGAAAUGCGACACUUUAUAACAAGUUCCUUGAAUGGAAACAAUACUUCAAAUUAGAACAAACUCAUUAUGCCUGUGAUAUUUGUAAAAAACUUCAUGACCAUAAUGAGCCAGUAAAGAUCUACCAUAAUCUUUACAACUGGUGGUUUAUUGAGGCUAAUUGUAAGAGUUGGACGACUGAGUGAACAUACUGAAAAUUAUCGGAGCAAGCAUUAUUUUAUACAUAUAUAGUCUCCUUAUAUUUAAGUGUUUACUAUUUUAGGCCAACUUUUUGGAGCAGUUUACACAUUACUGGUAAGUUUUUAUAAGAAAGCUCAGCUUAUCAUUAGUAUCAGAACACUGGUUUCAAGCAGGAGUUAUUAAGUCACUGUGUCGGUCAGUUAGUAUCUUGGUCACACAUCAACACUUGAAAUCUGUACUAGGCCAAUAUCUAAUAUAAGCUAAUUGAGUAUGUAGAACAAGUACUAUGAUGACUGGGAAUUCUUUAUAAUUAAAAGAUGUUUUGAUAAUAUAGUUAGAAAAAAUUACCUUUACACUCCAGAUAAUUAUGAGAUUGUAAAAUCAAACAGUUUUAUAUACUAGCCCCGAAGAAGCCGUUUAAUGUGGGUUAAAAUAAAGUGCUUAUCUGGAGUGUAAAGGUUGUUUCAAAAUGUGUAAAUCACUUCUUCAUAGACUACAAAUUUUGAAAGAUACUAUAAUUAAAAGAAUCUCAAGAAGUGUGAAUCACUGCUUUUCUAAUGGCCUUGGUUUUUCACUGACUAGGUACUGUUGGAAAAACUAUAACAUGUUUUUUACAAUUUGUUGAUCCAAAUCUGUUUCAGAUAUUGUAACUAACUGCUAAGAGUAGACAAAGAUUAGAAUAUUACUAUGAUUAGAUGCUGAAAACUAGAAGAGCCUAGGGAUGACUUCAGUAAAUUUAAUAAGUGUAAGGAUUGUGGUUUGAACAAUGAAGUACGGUUGUGUAGCAAACUGUCCAUAGCCUUCUCACUAGGGGAGCACAUAUACAUUAUUGACUUGUUAAUGUACCUCAUUCUGUGAUUCUGUUUGUUGUGUUGUUAGUUUAUUUGCAAUAAAAACAAUGAAUUCUAAAAGUGUACUUUUCCCAGUAUUUCCUUUGUUCAUGAAAAUAUAAGAAUAACACUUGAACGAGAAGGUUGUAGAAAUGUGUUUUACAUUCCUUGUGUAUUCUGGAAGUUGUAAAGUUAUCUACUGUAAUUGAUUCUAUUUAUGAUAUUAAAUAUUUUAACAUUAUUACACUGAUCUGAAAACCACUGAGAAAGUGUUACUACUUUCCUCCAAAAAUAGCUAUAAAUAUACAGUACUGUGAAAAUUGUAUAAAAAUAUCAAUUAAUGAAGUUGUGUGUGAAAUAAUUUCAUCAGUGGUACGAUAAUGGCCUGUUUGCAUUAGACAGCAAGCAUUAAUCACAUCUUCACACAAACUGUAUGCUAGUGAUACAAACAUCAAUUUAUAUAAUUGUUUGUGCUUCAUUUUGGUAUGAUUUAACAUUGUUCCUGUACUGCCCCUGUAAGUAAGCUCUGCCGAGCACACCCUACAUUUUACAUUUUGGUCUCUCAUCAUAUCAAAAUAUUCCCAGAUAGGGCUUUGCUUAUUUCGAGCUCCUGAAGAUGACAUAACUCUAGCAUGCACAGUUUCACCUGAGUUUGUUUUUAUGUAGUGGCAAGUUAUGCUACCAUUGUGUCACUAAAAGUGUUGAACUGUAUCAUAAAAGUAGUCCUAACUAAAAGUGUUGAACUGUAUCAUAAAAGUAGUCCUAACUAAAAGUGUUGAACAGUGUCAUAAAAGUAGUCCUAACUAAAAGUGUCACUUCUUACUUUAAUUGCUAUGUUAAGAUAAUCCAACCAUAUAGGGAAUCUGUUAAAAACUUAAAGGCAUCAUAAUGUAUUUUUAUAAAGGUUAAGGUAAAAUAUGAAUCUUAUUGUCUGUCAGUAAUGCCACAUGACAAAAGUAGGAAGUGAACAAAAGAACCUCAGAAUAGCCCUUAAUUUCUUAAUAUCUGAUUUACACAUUUUAAACAUUAAAACUAAUAUCUUAACACCUUUAAUAAUAAUUUAUGAUAUUUCAUUAGAUUUCCCCCAGAAUUUUAAACCCUUCCCAUAACAAACAGUCAUUUCUUCAUCUUGUGUGUCCAGCCCUCAAUUUUAAAUUUGUAUGUGAUUUUUGAAACUCUAGACAGAAGGUUGAUACAUUUGAAAGAAAAUAUUGUUAAAGAUUCAUAAAAAGUACCAAUGGUAAAGAAUCAUGUAGUUGAAAAGUGUUUGAUAGAAUGUCUGGUAUUAUGUCCUCAAAUUAACCAAGAAAAGAAUAUCAAACUUGUUAUAUGUCUGUAUUAUUGAAAUAAUGUACUUUAAAUUAGAGUUGUAUAACAACCUCCAUUCAGAAACGAGUCAGGUUAAUUGUGUUUUUAGGUUUAUUAAUUAAAGUACAAAUUUUAUUUUAUUGUUAGUAUUAUGGUAAAA